AAUUAUAAUUAAUUGUACAAAUUAGAUAUUAAGUUGAUUCUUUUUCCAUUAGAAAGUAGACUCGAAUAGCUUCGAUUCGAGUACUUAUACGCGUAAUUCCGACAUCGGGAAGGGGUUCAACCGGACUGACAAAGUUGUCAAAAUCAGACUCACUCGCUGUACGCGUUUUGGACGCGUUUUGAACGCGUUUUGACUCAGUAAACGCGUUUUACUAUUUAAACACGUUUUUCUGGUUAUUUAAGAGGGUUUUGGGGCUGAGAGAAUUCCUAAGUUGAAUCUGAGAACUGUUACCUAAAAGCGUUGGACCAGAGAAGUUUUAGAGCUAAGUUUGGAGCCACGAGAAGGAAUUCUAAGGCAGAGGAACGUCGGGGAACCGUUUGAAAGCAAGCUUAGGAGAAAACCAACCAUGGCACGCAGAUCACCUCCUCCUCCUCCUUCUCCUUCACCUGCACAGUCUGAUGUUUCUAAUUUGGUGAGAGUAAUGGAAUCUUUUGUGGUGGCGAUGCAACAGCAGAAUGCAUCAUUGAUACAACAAAACACAAUUGCAUUACAACAAUUGGAGGCUGCUAGGGUGUCAGCUGAGGCACACCAGAGGCAAUUUGUGGAACUAAUAAACGGUGGUGCAAGAGCUCCCGCUGACCCAUUCUAUAUUCCGCCCACUCCUAUUCAAGAGUGGAGUCUAGAGAAUUUUCUUCAACAUCAUCCAGCUAAAUUUUGUGGCAAUACCAGUGCCGACGAAGCAGACCAAUGGUUUAGAGAUAUGGAGAGAAUUUUCAAUGCCAAAAACUGCCCAGACGAUAAUAGAUUGGCUUAUACUGAAUAUUUGUUGUCAGGAGAAGCCAAUCAUUGGUGGACCAGUACGAGAACACUGUUGGAAAUGAGUGGUAAACCGAUCACUUGGAACUUAUUCCAGAAUAAGUUCUAUGCUGAGUACUUUCCGGACAGUGUAAGGUAUACCAAGGAAGUAGAAUUUCUCCAGUUAGUGCAAAGGGGAAUGACUGUGACAGAAUAUGCCGAUAAAUUUAAGCAUCUUAGUCGCUUCCAUACUCUGGAUAUGGAUGAAGAAUGGCAGUGUAGGAAGUUUGAAAAUGGACUGAGAGGAGAUAUCAAAUUGCUGGUCAAAGGUUUAUGUAUCAAGGAGUUUCCUACAUUGGUGGAGAGAGCUAAAGUGUUAGAAAAGACAAAGAAUGAAAUGCAAUUUCAGCAGAGACCACCCCAGAGGAUUGGUGGACCAUCUGGGUCCAAAUUCCGGCAUGGAGACAGGAGAAAGCCCUAUUCUAAACCUCCUUUCCAGGGGCUUAAAGGACCUUCAUUUCAUCAAUCUGGCCAAGCAGGACAACCUGGAGUGGUGAAGUGCUUUAAUUGUGGAGGACCACAUUAUAGGUCCGUUUGCCCUCAGUUAGUUGGUCAUAUGAAGUGUAAUGCCUGCGGGAAGGAGGGACACUUUGCUAGGAAUUGUCCCACAUCUGGAAGACCAAGGGUUCAGCAACCGACUAGUCAGUCUCAACAGACGGCAGAUGUCAAACCGCAGGCUGUGGGCAGAGUAUAUGCAAUGACCGGAGCAGAGGCAACUGGGCCAGAAGUCGGUGAUAUGCCGGUGGAGCAAGCCUUAGAUGGAGGAUCGACUGAAGAAUAGUUUUAAUAAUGAAACCUAUGUUUUUAUUUCUGUUUUAAGGUGUGGAGUGUAAUUAGUUUGAAUUAACAGUGAGGGUUUGUAUAAUAAUGAGGAAAAACUCUUAUUCCUCCUUCUAUCAACUGUUCUAUUGUAUCAAUGAUGUAAGAACUCUAUUAUAGUUUGAUGCUAUAAUUAUGGGGA